AUGUCAACACAGAAAGAAUCAACAUCCCCUGGUGCAUUAUUCAGCCAUCUCCGCACUAUCAAAUCAAGCAAUCGUAUCAAGCAAAUUGAGAAAGUCAGGUCGAAUGGAGUUGGGGAGCUAGUAGCUUUGCCUCAGCUUGCCGUGUGCGGUGACCAGUCUGCAGGGAAAAGUUCGGUCCUAGAAGGUAUCACAGGCAUACCCUUUCCACGACAAGAGGGGCUAUGUACAAGAUUUCCUACCGAAAUCAUAUUAUGCCAUAGUGAGACAUCUCAGCAAACAACGAUCACAGCGAGCAUUCGACCUCAUUCGUCAAGGACGAAGGAGAUUCAGAACACUCUUGCGUCGUAUCGAAAAGUCCUUCAGGAUAUAAAUGAGCUCCCAUCGGUCAUUCAGGAAGUGUCCAAACGUAUGGAAAUACGAGGCUACACUGAAGAUGGCAAUGGACUGGCAUUUGCACCUGAUGCGCUACGGAUUGAGAUAACUGGUCCUAUCGGUUUACAUCUCAGUGUGGUAGAUCUCCCAGGCCUCAUUGAAGUACCGGAUGAUAAUCGGGAUGAUGAAGAUGUCAAUGCGGUUAUGGACAUGGUAACGGCAUACCUGGAGAGUUCUCGGACCAUUAUUCUUGCAGUUGUACAAGCGAGUAAUGAUGUGGCUACUCAAAAAAUCAUUCGACUUGCACGUCAUCAUGACCCUGAAGGCCAGCGUACAGUGGGCAUUAUCACCAAACCCGACCUUAUCAACGUGGGCAGCGAAUCCAGGAUUGCACGCAUUGCCAAAAACCAAGACACAAUCAAGCUCAAGCUUGGGUUCUUCCUUGUCAAAAAUCCAGCUCCAACUGAAAUUAAGGAGCAAAUCACUAUGACCUUCAGGUCGCAGCGUGAGUUGGAAUUCUUUUCAGAACCGAAAUGGGCAAGCCAGCAUCUAGACAGGAACCGGGUGGGAGCAAACAAAUUACGACAAUUUUUGCAAGUCCUUCUUGACUCGCACAUAGAAAAGGAGCUACCUAAAGUACGAGACGAGAUCAAGAAAAGCCUGACCACAACUGAAGCGGAACUGAGAUUUAUGGGAGAUGCUCGAUCCUCUGUAGCUCAUGUCCGCUCAUUUAUGACAAACUUGAGCAUGAAAUAUUAUGAAUUACUUCAAGCGGCACUUAAUGGUAGUUAUCAAAGUAUUGAUGUUGAUUUCUUCUCACAAAUUGAAGGCUCUAGACUGAGAGCUCGCAUACAACAAAUCAACACCGACUUCGCGAAGCACAUGAGAGACUGCGGCGAGAGACGCAAAAUUGCGCAAAUGACAGCAUGGGUGCGAGAGGUAUAUAUGCGGACCAGGGGCAAAGAAUUGCCGGGCAAUCACAACUUAGCUCUACUUGCGGAACUUUUCCAUGAACAAUCUCUCCGAUGGGCGAGCAUUGCGGAAGCACAUAUUGUUGCCAUCCGUGAAGUCAUAUCGCAGUGGACAGAAAAGGUUGUCAAGAAUGUAGUUCGUGAAGAUGAAGAUGGGCUCCGCAGAGAAGUUGGCAGUAUCCUACAGGAUUCCCUUGACAGCUGUGAAAAAUUGGCUUUAGAAGAGCUCAACAAGCUCUUGGAAGACGAGAGACAGAGUCCCUUGACAUACAAUCACUAUUACACUGACAACAUUCAGAAGUCUCGAGUCACUACCCAGAAAGCUGCUGUCAGGAAUGCUAUUUUUCUCGCAAGAACGGAGGAUUGGAACGGAAAGCUUCAUAUCAACAACGAUACAGCAACUAUCGAAAGAUUCAUAUCUGCAGUUGAAUCGCGGAUUAUCGUUGAUAUGGACGAGCAGGCAUGCAAAGAAGCCUUGACCCAGCUCAAUGCGUACUACAAGGUCGCCAUGAAGACCUUCACCGACAACGUCACACGCCAAGUCAUUGAGCGACACAUGAUCUCCCCCUUACCCCAAGCGUUCUGUCCAACAUCGAUUGCUCAACUCUCCGACGAGGAGCUUCUGCGGAUUGGAUCCGAACCAAAUCACGAAGCCGAGCGACGGACAAAACUCGCCAACAUGGCACAAGCCCUGAGACAAAGUCUCGUCGAUCUUCAACGGCCUGUAUACUAG